UACGGGGUGUCAGUGUGUCAUGUGCAGCCUAGAAGACUGAAGCAGCCACGCUGCGUAGUGGCUAUCAUUAGCCAGACAAUGGUGUUUGGAUUGCAGGCACAGCGUGACAUUCUAACACUUAAGUAUUAAGACUUUUCCGGUAGCAAUUCUCCAGUGUCGUAAACUGUUACACAGUGUUGUGCCUGGAGGUUGACAAAAACGGCAGCCGCAGCGACAGGCCGCAAAUGGAGCCGGGGACGUCGCGUGAAAUUCCGAGCGCCGCGGGGUUCCCUAAACCGACCGGUGUACGGGAGGAGACUCCGGGGGAAGAGGCGAAAGGCGGAGAACGGAGCAUCGGGAUUCUGAAAGGAGGAGCGAAAGAAGACACCGCGGUGGUGGUGGAAGCGCAAUGCGAGGAUGAACAAGAGAAGUACAUCAAAACCGGAGAGGGAGAAGAUGCCACCAGCAAACACGAGGAGGAAUUGGACCCACGAAUUCAGGAGGAGCUGGAACAGCUCAACCAGGCCAGCGAUGAGAUCAACAAGCUGGAGCUGCAGCUGGAUGAUGCCAGGUCCAGCUACAGGAGGAUCCUCACUGAUUCUGCCAGGAAGCUCAAUGCUCAGGGCUCUCAGCUUGGUGCCUGCAUCGAGAAAGCAAGGCCCUACUAUGAAGCUCGCAGGCUCGCCAAAGAGGCUCAACAGGAGACCCAGAAGGCAGCUCUGAGAUAUGAGAGGGCUGUGUCCAUGCACACUGCUGCCAGAGAGAUGGUCUAUGUGGCAGAGCAGGGCCUCUUGGCUGACAGGAACACCAUGGACCCAACCUGGCAGGAGAUGCUUAACCACGCCACUGCUAAGGUGAACGAGGCGGAGGAGGAGCGCCUCCGCAGUGAGCGGGAACACCAGCGCGUCACUCAGCUCUGCCAGGAAGCUGAGGCUCAAGUCCAGACCCUCCAGAAAGCCCUGAAGAAGGUCAUCCUCAAAUCCAAACCUUACUUUGAACUGAAGGCUCAAUUCAAUUACAUUCUCGAGGAACAUAAGGCUAGAGUAGUACACCUGGAGGAACGGGUGGCAAAAGUAAAAACACGAUACUCUGUAGCCUUGCGGAACCUGGAGCAGAUCAGCGAGCAGAUCCAUGCACAGAGAAGGCGAAUCAGGGCCAGCAGGGAGCGUCCUGCAGUCUGCGGGGGGCGAAGCUCCCCUGUAGGUGCUGAGGCUGAGGUCCAAGCUGCCUUAGCGAUCUGCAUCGGGAGUAGUUGUGUGGGAAUAGAGAGCAACUGGAUGGACAAUGACAAAACCAGGCUGUGGGUGGAGAGGCACAGAGAGAGUGGCUGGGGCCAGAGGGAGCGGCUGGAGGAAGAGCAGGCCGGCUCGGACUGCAUGUCUGUCAUCAGCCUGCAGACCAUCGCCUCUGACCUGGAAAAGUGGGACUCGGUGGAGCACCUGGGUGACCUGAGCGAGGCUGGGAGCAUGCUGGGUGAGGAGUGGGACCGCAAUAGGAAGCCUAAUGAGAGGCCAAUCAGCAGGGAGGUCGUGGCAGAGGGGCCCCAGCAGGAGAGGGUCCAUCAGGAGAAGGAAGCGGCCAGUAAAGAGAAGCAGGAGAGCUUCAUCAAGCAGCACCAUAGAAGUAUUAGUAUAUGAUAGUCAGCAGGAGAAGGGAGCUGAUGAGUGAUGAGUAAUAAGGAACAUGACAAGCUCAUGAUGAGGGAUCAGAGAGGAAUUUGGCGGGGGGAGAGAAAAGCACCCUGACUGAGAGGUGGCAGAGGAACUGGAACAGUUCUGCCUGGACACUGCAGUUAGGAAUGGCAGGAAGGGUUGGUACAUCGGUCACACACUAAUGAAUCUACAUGACAGCAGAGAGCUGUUCUGCAGAGAGCACUGACUUCCCCUCCCCUCACACUAGUGCUUUGCAUUUUCUGAUCCAGUCUGUUGCCUCACACAUUGAAACUUCAACAAAAGUGCAUGAAACAAACAGCAGGCUUAGGAAAACAAAUCACUGUGGCAUACAAACAGGUAGUUUUGAAACAAUGCAAAGACAUGUUAGUGGUAAAUUUGUGUGUCUGGUUUUUAAUAUCCCUGUGGAACAUUUAAAAACGUUGUUGACAUGACAUCAACUUGUGUUUUUGCUUGAGGGAUGUAUAAAUGUACCCUUUUGUUUAAAGGGUAAUUCCACUUUGGCCAACAUUUUUAUCAGUAACAUUGGACUUAUUAACUGUUGAGAUCUGGGAACAAGAACAACACAAGAGGUCAGAUGGGUUGUAAACAAGCUAACAGUUUACUCAAAUUACCUAAAUUACCUUAAUUGGCAGUCAAAAGUAAAUUUACCUGAAAUGUCCCUAAUAAUCCUUCAUUACACAGUUAAACUGUGUGCACACAACUAUGGUAUGUAUGGUUAAACCAACAAGACACUCUGGGGUGUUUCGCUUUGUCUGAUUGUCUGACUGCCUGUGUUUCUUGAUCGGUUGGACUCCCUUUUAGUGGUGUUCCCAAAUCUCAGCAAUCAAUCUCAUAAAUAAUGAUGGUCAAGAAUAAGAUAGUAGUAGUAGUAGUAGUAGUAGUAGUUAUAGUCAUGUAAUAGUACAAAAACAUAAGAUACUUUUUAACAUAAUUUUGAUAAAACCUACCAAUGGAAAAAAAGGUACAGGCCUUAUCUUCUAUCACUAGUAUGGGUGUAAAUGAUUUUUUUUUUAUCACAAUACAAUAUUAUAUCAAUUCUUUGGACAACGAUACGAUAUUUGCUGAUAUCACAAAGUCUGCCACGAUACGAUUUUGAUUUGAGCUAGUAUUAUGUGCCCAUCUAACAUAAUCAGUUACAGAUGAACCCUUUUUGCAUUGUCACUCUUGGCCGUGCUGAGUAAAGCCAUGCCUCACCAA